AUGACGCAGGAAGGAAACCUCAACGGUCUGCCCCGGGAAAAACUGACUGAAGUGCUCGAUUCCUUCCGGGACCCGGAAGUUUUCAGCGCGGUAACUGGCCCCUGGAAGUCUCGCGUGGUGUGGCAGGACGGUAUGCGCGCCCGCGCCUACAUGCGCAACCACCAGGUUGAUAUGGACGAGCCUGGCGAUCUAACCGCCACCGACGUCGCAGCCAGCGCCCAUGAGCAGUUGCUGUCCGCCAUCGGCAGUUGCAUGACCGUCGGCUUCGUGGUCAACGCCACCAAGCAGGGCGUGCGCAUCCACGACCUCGAGGUCGCCGUCGAAGGAUACUUCGAGAACAUCCGCAAGUGGGCCGGCGUGGAAGACGAGGGCAACCCCGGCUACGGCAAGAUCUCGGCCAAGUGCUUCGUCCGCGCCGAUGCCGACGAGGACACCUUGCGGGAGAUCUGGCGGCUGGCGGUGGAAGGCUCACCGGUGACCCAGUCGGUGGCGAACCCGACAUCGGUGGAAACCGAAUUCGAAAUGGUAGGCUGA